UUUAAUUUUUCUGCUAUGGGGACACAAAUAGCAGCACACAGAGAGAAGGGACCAUUCACAGUCAUAUCACUUACCACUUCUCGUCAUGCAGCUGCUUGAUUACUUAGAUCCUGAGGUCACUGUUAUGUUCCUGAAGUUACUGCUGCCUUAUGCUAAAUGAAGCAAGAUAUCGGUUAUACACGGGUAAUAAUUAAUUGAAGAUGACGGACCCUUGGAUAAUAGAUUGCAACAAAAAGAACACACCCAAGACUGAACUGGGCUUGGUGACAGAGAACAAAAAAGAAAAGAUGCAGAUGAAACAAGAAAUCUCUUUGCUCAAUGGCAUUUCUUUAAUAGUUGGGAACAUGAUUGGUUCUGGAAUAUUUGUGUCCCCCAAAGGUGUUCUGAUGUACAGCACUUCUUAUGGACUUGCACUCCUCCUCUGGGCUCUUGGGGGGAUCUUUUCAUUGAUUGGAGCAUUGUGUUAUGCUGAACUGGGAACAUCCAUUGUUAAAUCUGGAGCAAGCUACGCUUACAUCCUAGAAGCGUUUGGAGGCUUUAUUGCUUUUAUCAGACUAUGGUCUUCCUUGCUCAUUAUUGAACCAACAACUCAGGCUGUUAUAGCCAUCACUUUUGCUAACUAUAUCGUUCAGCCAAUAUUUCCAUUCUGUGAACCAUCCUAUGGAGCAGUUAGGUUGAUUGCAGCUGCUUGCAUCUGCUCCCUGACAUUUAUUAACUGUGUCAAUGUGAAGUGGGGAACCAGAGUACAAGAUCUUUUCACAUAUGCAAAAGUUAUGGCCCUUAUUAUGGUAAUAGGAGUGGGUCUUUAUAAAAUUAGCCAAGGAGAAACUGAAAACCUUAAGGAUCCAUUUGAAGGUUCAACAACGGAUGCAGGAUUCAUUGCUCUUGCUCUUUAUUCAGCCCUCUUUUCCUACUCUGGAUGGGAUACACUCAAUUUUGUCACUGAAGAAAUGAAAAAUCCAGAAAGGAACCUGCCACUUUCCAUUGCAAUUUCAAUGCCUAUUGUGACAAUAAUUUACUUGUUGACAAAUGUAGCUUACUAUGUUGUGCUGGACAUGCCAGCUCUAUUAGCAAGUGAUGCAGUGGCUGUGACUUUUGGUAAUAAAGCUCUUAGCCAUGCUAAAUGGAUUAUCCCCAUUGCAGUGGCCAUGUCUUGUUACGGAGGAUUAAACUCAUCUAUUAUUGCAGCUUCCAGGCUUUUCUAUGUUGGAGCCAGAGAAGGACACCUCCCUGACAGCCUGAGUUUGAUUCAUAUAAAACGUUUCACACCUGUUCCUGCUCUUAUUUUUAAUGGAUUAAUGACUUUGAUCUAUCUCCUUGUGGAAGAUAUUUUUCUCCUGAUUAACUACUACUGCUUCAGCUAUUGGUUUUUUGUUGGACUGUCAAUUGCAGGAUUAAUAUAUUUAAGAUAUACGCAGCCAGACAGACGACGUCCCAUUAAACUCAGCCUCUUCUUCCCCAUUGUGUAUUGCUUCUGCACCCUUUUCCUGGUCAUCGUCCCUCUGUACAGUGAUACAGUCAAUUCUCUUAUUGGAAUUGGUAUAGCAGUCUCUGGAAUCCCUGCAUAUUUUUUGGGUGUAUAUUUACCAGUUGAAAAAAGACCUCGAUGCCUUCAGUGGCUUUUUGCUACAAUUACCAAGUAUAUUCAGAUGCUGUCCUAUUGCUGUCAAGAAGACCUUGACCUUGAAACAAAGUCAGAAACCAAGGCUCAGUAAACAGAAGUCGACUAGGACGUUUCUGCACAUAAUGCAUCUGUGUUGAUGGAAAUUGUGACUUGUGCCCAUGGGCUACACACCAAAGUACGCACAAUUGCACAGUGCAUAAUUUAGCUAUUUUCUAAUAUGUGCUAUGUUAUUAGCCCUUUGUCUGAUUACCAGUUUCUGAAAACGUAUUUGUGCCUGUUUAAU